AUGUAUUACGCGACAGCAGGUCAACAGGCAACUCAACCUCCUCCGUCAAAUAGAACGCCAAUGAGUGGAUUUCCAAGAGCUGGACCACCCGGUUUCUCAUCCCGAGCAGCAGAUCCAAACGAUUUCCCAGCAUUAGGUUCAAUGGGCUCACAUCCACCUCGUGAUCCAACGUAUGCAGCACAGACACAACCUUCUGCUACGGGAUCAGCACAACAGAACAUUCAAGUGCUACAACAACAGCAAUUGUUUCUGCAGCAACAACAACAACAACAACAAAUGGGCGGGGGAGGACCACCACCUCCGCCUGGCAUAUCAGGACCUAAUUCAAGUACAAUGUCAGGACAAGCAAAUGGUGGUUUAGGGGAUGAAUUUCCAGCUUUAAAUCCGGGAGGUGAUAUAAAAGACAGGAUGGCGAACUAUUUGAGGAAUCCUUCUAAUCUAUCACAACAACAACAACAACAACACCAUCAUCAACAACCACUUAGUAUAGGGCAACAACCGACAUCGCCGCCCAUACCCAAUGGAACUGGACUACCACCCUCAUCAGCAUCAGCAUCAGUAUCGCAAUCUACCAAUGCAACGCCAUCGACAAAUCCACCUCAUCCGAAUAAUUCUCAAUUAGGUGGAAUAGGCACUGGGGGACCACCUUCAACAGCAGAUUCAUCAUGGCAACGUUUACCUUCACCAACAAAUAAACCUUCAGAACCUGUAGUAAGACCAGUACAACAGAUUUUAAGCUCACCAGUGGAUAAAUGGGGAUUGAAAGCCCUGCUGUAUGAAAUACAAAUGCAUAUGAAUAAAACAGAUAGAGGAAUGUUGGUGUUCGGUGAAGAACUAGAAGAUUUAGGUAUGGAUAUCAGUGGUGAAGAAUCACUCUAUCCUUCGUUCGUAACGCCAUGGGCAGAUCCAAAUUCCCUAUCUCAACCGCCUAGAAUCGAAGAAGCAUAUCACAUCCCUCAAUGCUAUAACGUACAUGCACCGCCUGUAACGACCAAAUUACCGAAUUUCACGGAAGAUACGCUGUUUUUGGCAUUUUACAUGUCUCCCGGGGACAUUCUGCAGCUCGAGGUAGCCGAAGAGCUAUACGCUCGAGGAUGGAGAUACCAUGUCGAUCUUCAAACAUGGUUAACAUCACCUACACUACCUACGGUUGAUUUAAUGUCAUUGACGAAUUCAUCAGAAGGACCACAAUGGAUCAGAGGACCGUUCAUGUACCUUGACACGAGAACCUGGACGAAACAAAGAACAAAUGAAGAUUUCACAAUUGAUGCCAAUCUAUUAGAAGUAACGAGACCUGCGAAUAUCAUCAUAUCUGAAGACAAGACUCAAGGUUCAAAUUCACCAAUUUCAGUCAGCAACGGGAAUGGAAAUAGCAAUUUGAAUCCUUCUCAACAGGGAAUAAGUUCUUUGUUGAAUUCGUCUAAUCCGAAUAAUCAACAAUCGUAUACACGUUAA